UGGGGGAAGCCUCCAAUAUAUGUAUGUGUGUGUGUGUGCGCAUGUGUAUAUAUAUAUCUGUAUGUAUGUAUGUAUGUAUGUAUGCAUGUGUGAGCCCUCAAUGGCAUAGUGGGUUAAACUGCUGAGCUGCUGAACUUGCUGACCGAAAGGACGGCAGUUCGAAUCUAGGGAGUGGGAUGAGUUCCCGCUGUUAGCCCCAGCUUCUGCCAACAUAGCAGUUGGAAAACAUGCAAAUGUGAGUAGAUCAAUAGGCACUGCUCUGGCAGGAAGGUAACAGCGCUCCAUGCAGUCAUGCCGGCCACAUGACUUUUGAGGUAUCUAUAGACAACGCCGGCUCUUUGGCUUAGAAAUGGAGAUGAGACCAACCCCCAGCGCCAGACACAACUAGACUUAAUGUCAGGGGAAAACCUUUAGCUUUACCCUCUGUGUGUGUAUAUAUAUAAAUAUAUACACAUACACAUAUACACACAACAUUCCUGAAGGAUCCAUAGUUUCACACAUUCUGGACCUGUCAUUGACUGUCAAAUCAGACACUCCCCAAGGCAGAAUAAUCUUCUCUUGGCCCUGUUUAAGUGAAUUACAGUGACAGAUGUUCCUUUCUUCUGAAUCUCCUAGGAGGCCCGUUGGCAGUCUAUCAACCCUUGAAAUCCUAUUACCUGCUUUGAUGAAAAAGUUCAUCAUCUUCCCAGCUUGGCGCCUCCCUCUCUUCAUCUGUUUCCCUGUGGAAACACUAACUCUGCUUAGGUAGCCAAAGAAGCCGGUCUUAGAGUCACCUGUUGCUGUGGCUGCUGCUGAUCCUGACCGUAUAGGAAUCAAGGGAUUGCAUUACAUUUCUGGGAGACAUCAUCUGCAUGACAUUCUAGAGCUUCCUUGCAAGAAAAGAGUGAUGAGAAAGCCAAGGAAGAGCAUUCCCAGUUCCCCUCAAGUGGGUGCACUGAAGUCUCCCCCUUGAUUUACACAAUCCUGAAAUCAGGCAACUUGUUCAUAUAUAUUCCUUGGCAUAAGCCAACAUCAGGAAAGGAAGGAAGGAAGGAAGGAAGGAAGGAAGGAAGGAAGGAAGGAAGGAAGGAAGGAAGGAAGGAAGCGGAGGGAAUCCUCUUUUCAGGCAUCUAUUCUGUUCCCUCCAGAUCCUCAUUCCUUCUGAACAAGAGACCUUGACUGCCUGCAAUGCCCCUUCAGUCAGAUAUCCUCCGGGAAGUGUGGACAGCAGAUGGCGUGAAUGAGGAAUCUGGAAGCCCUCAGCAACAGAGACUUAAACAGCCACAUCUCUUGGUGCAGAAGUUAAAAAAGAAACGGCCAGAGGGUACACUGGAAGCCAAGCCCAAAAAAUCCAGGGUAAAAAAGCAAGAGGAAUCAAACCCCACAGAGGAUCCUGCUGCCCGGCCACCAGCUGCUGUCAAGAAAGUGAGGAAAAAGAAAGAAGAGAAGCUAGAAGAUGAAAUUGAGAAGGAUCCAUAUGCCAAGUUUAUUAAAGAUCCUAGAAAAAAGAAAGAAAAACCUGCUAUCCACUUCAAUGUGUCCAAAGCACCAAAGAAGAAACAAGAAGACUCUGAAGAUGAAGACUCUGAGGAAGAUGAGGAGGAAGAUGUACAACCUGAAGAUCCACCAAAAAAGCCAAAAAGAAAGAUCCACAAAGAGACUCCAUCUAGUGAAAUCAAGGAAAGGAAACCCAAAAGUAAAGGAGAGAAAGCUGAGCCUGAGGCCAAGGCACGGACCACAAAGGCCUUGAAGAAGGAGCCAAUCUCUGUGUUCCAAGUGAAUGGAGACAAGAAAGACAAAAAAGUCAAAAAGAAAGAUCCGAAAACCAGUGAGGCAGAAGAUGACUCUGAUUCCAGUGCUAAGCCAACCAAAAGUGAGAAAAAGAAGACCACAGCUUCAAUGUUCCAGACUGGAGGAGAGGCCUCUAAGGAGAAGAAAACAAAAAAGAAAGCUCCCACAAAAGCCGCUGAAAAUGAAAGUGAGGAAGAGGAGGCAGCUCAGAAGAACACCAACAAGAAAGGGAAAGCAAAGAAGUCCAAGAAGAAGGAAGAAAGGCCGCCUUCUCCAGUCAUUGAAGUGGAGAACCUGGAGGAAUUUGUGCUUCAACCGGCUCCUCAGGCAGUGACCAUCAAGUGUCGGGUCACUCGAGACAAGAAGGGGAUGGAUCGGGGCCUCUACCCAACCUACUACCUUCACCUUGAUAAUGACAAAAAGGUCUUUCUGUUAGCUGGCCGAAAGCGCAAAAAGAGCAAGACCUCCAAUUACUUGAUUUCCAUUGAUCCCACUGACCUGUCUCGAGAUGGAGAUAACUUCAUUGGAAAGCUGAGGUCCAAUUUGAUGGGCACUCGGUUUUCAGUAUUUGACAAUGGUGUAAACCCCGACAGGGGAAAUGCAGAUUGGUCAAAUGUGCGCCAAGAGCUUGCAGCUGUCAUUUAUGAGACAAAUGUAUUAGGGUUUAAGGGACCUCGAAAAAUGACAGUGGUUAUCCCUGGAAUGAAUUCUGACAGCGAGAGGGUACCAAUCCGGCCCCGAAAUGAUAACGAUGGCCUGCUUAUGAGGUGGCAGAGUAAAAUCAUGGACAACUUAAUUGAACUGCAUAACAAAGCCCCAGUGUGGAAUGAUGAGACCCAGUCCUAUGUGCUGAAUUUCCAUGGAAGAGUUACUCAUGCUUCCGUCAAGAACUUCCAGAUUGUCCACUGCAAUGACCCUGACUACAUCGUUUUGCAGUUUGGCCGUGUCGCUGAUGAUGCUUUUACCCUGGAUUACAACUACCCACUUUGUGCUGUGCAAGCCUUUGCCAUUGCUCUGUCCAGCUUUGACGGGAAGCUGGCCUGUGAAUAGUAUGCCUUGGAUUUCAUUGUACUGAAUUUGGGCCAACAAGGCAAACUCUUAUUUCUGUGGACUGGCUAUGGAAGAAAAGAAUUUGCUUGACAAUACAAGGCAACUAUGAAGACAUGAAGAGGAAUAACAGUUCAACUAGUAUAGCUACAUAUUGCCAAGGCACAACAACAAAAAACUUUGCUGAAUUAAAGCAGGCAAAUAUGUUAUUUAUAGUUUGUUUAGCAUGGCAACACCAUAUGCACACAUGUGUCCUUGGCCUUUUGAAAGAAACAGUGCUGAAACCCAGUGAAAAGCUGGUUUAAAAGGCAAUGUUUUGGACUGUGACUCUAGGAAAUGCUCUCUUUUUUUGUAUUCUCUGUUAAUUUACUCAUUUUCAGGGGAUCUGGAACCAGGUAAUGAGGACUAUCAAAUAGUCACUUCCUGUACAUACAUACCUAAUUAUCAAAACUAGCUGUUUGAAUCCAUGAACUUUUCUUUUUCUUUUCAUAGAUUAUUUGCAGGGUUAGUAGGUGGCUUGGUUUAGUAAUCUAUAAUUUACAUGGGAAAAGAAUGCUUUUUCUGUACUGAUAAUGGUCAAUAAAAGAUCAAUUGGUGGGAGAAAC